AUGGCUCCCCUCAUUCACUUCAUCACCGGCAAUGCCAACAAGCUCAGAGAAGUCAAGGCCAUCUUGGAGCCGAGCAUCGAGAUCCGAAGCCAGUCGCUGGACCUUGAAGAAAUCCAGGGAACCAUCGAAGAGGUUGCCAACUCCAAAUGCCGCCGCGCUGCAGAUCUAGCUAACAUGGCAAACUUCAUUGAGGUCAACGGUCCCGUGCUUGUAGAGGACACAGCGCUUUGUUUCAACGCCUUGAAGGGACUGCCUGGGCCUUACAUCAAAUGGUUCCUCGAUAGCCUUGGACACGAAGGCUUGAACAAUCUUUUGAUAGCCUACAAGGAUAAAUCCGCCGAGGCAGUGUGUACGUUUGCGUACUCCCCUGGGCCUGGGCGCGAUCCCAUCAUCUUCCAAGGACGUACACCGGGUCGGAUUGUACCUGCGCGAGGCCCUUCCAAUUUUGCGCCUCUGUCAGGAUGGGACCCGGUCUUUGAAUUUGAAGGGAAGACCUACGCCGAGAUGGAAUCUGCUGAGAAGAACAACAUAUCGCACCGUGGGCGAGCUCUUAAGAAGCUUCAAGCAUGGUUUGAGACUCAGCAAGAAACACCGUCAUCAUAA